AUGUCAGCAAGAGCCCCGAAGUACAUGUUCUCGCGGUGCAGUCGGCUGAUCCAUCCACCGAACACCUGCCUGUUCAAAUCAAAUCUCGUUACGGCGGCCGACGAAUUCGCCGCAACCGUGACGGACCAGAUCCGGGGCCGCGACCCGGGCGACGACCUGAACGUCGCGCCGGGACUGGACUAUUACCAAGACCAUCAAGAGGCAGACGCGCCAUCCAAGACUGUGCUCACGACCGCGCUACUGGUGGUGUCGAUGGUGAAGGCGCGGAGACAAGCUAUUUUGAGGGACUCGGCGCUCGUGCCUCUGAUGGACGGCGUUGAAAGAUGGUCCGAGUCCGAACAGGCCGAAGAAGUUGGCGAAGAGGAUGAUUGGGGAUUCGCGCGAAAGAGGGCUGCACUGAAGAACCAUGAUCACGAUGGCGUAGGUCUACUCCAGGAUCGAGCUCCAGCUGAGGGUGCAGUCACAUCUUAUGAUCCUACCAGCACCAGCAUGGCCAACCACCAAGAUCCCUCCGACCUCUUUGGUCUCGACGACACAGACGCCCCCUACUACAACGCCCACAGCGCCGGUAGUGACCGCGACGCGCCGUCCACCACCAGCGCCAGCAGCAACCAGCAAUUCUUCAGCGACCCCAAUUGGGCAUUUCAAGACAAUCCUCCUUACGACACAUACAGCGCAAACCCUUUCUACCAAGAUGAAUGGGGUCUGAGCCAACAGACGCCGGUCGGGAACGGCCUUUCUGAACAGCCACCAGUCACCUUGCCACCGUCGGCACUCGACCUCAGACCAGGGACCGCCUAUUCGACGGCCGGACCAGUCGCCUCCCCGGACCCGGAAUCACCUCUACAGAGUCUACAAACCGCAACGAGGGCGCCUCCGAAUCUUUUGAGCCACGAGCAACGCCAUCACCUGCAGAAGAUUGCCAUGCCCUCCAGCAUCCACUACCGCUCUCCGAAGAGUGAGCCGAGUCCGGGUUCAGGGGGGGAAAUGGGCAAAUCGUCUUCAUCGUCACCCGAGGACAUGUCGAAAUCAAACAGUCGCAAGCGAAAGUCGUCGGCCGAUCUGGACGAUGACGACGAUGACGAUGACCUCGACGGCCACCCGGUGAAGAAGACAGCGCAUAACAUGAUAGAGAAAAGAUACCGCACCAAUCUCAAUGACAAGAUAGCAGCUUUGCGUGACAGCGUGCCGAGUCUACGGAUCAUGUCCAAGAGUGCGCGAGGAGAAGACACCACCGAAGACCGCGAGGAAUUGCAAGGGCUAACGCCCGCGCAUAAGCUAAACAAGGCAACGGUCUUAAGCAAAGCUACCGAAUACAUCCGUCAUUUGGAGAAGCGCAACUCGCGGCUGAUGGAUGAUAACUCGGCCAUGCAGCAACGGAUAGCCGCCUUCGAAAAGCUGUUCAUGGCCGGUGCAUUGAACGGUGCCAUGAGCCCUCUGCAACAGGUACCCCCGGCGACGCCUGCACCAUAUUCGCAAGAAUCCGGUGGUUAUGUGCACUCGGCUAUAGUCGCUCCCGGCAGCCGUGCUGAUCCCCAGGGCAUGAUUCAUGUGCCGGAUGAUAUGAAGCGUAUCCUGGCUGCGCAGUUGGCCGCUGGACAGCCAUAUCCGGUACCACAACAAUCCUACAGACCCAAUCCCACCAUGGUCCGCCAGCAGCAGAUCCAGCAACAACAGCAGCAGCAACAUAUGCAUGCGAGGGGAUGGCGGAAUGCAGGUCCCUAUUUCGGGAAGCUCAUGGUCGGAUCACUCGCCGGGCUGAUGUUACUGGAAGCUGUCCGCGAGAACGAGCAAAGCAACGAAACGCCAGACGGUCGCGGCCUCUUCGCCGUACCGAUACACCUACUCCGGUUCCUCACUUCGACCUUGAACGUCAACUUCAUGGGCUACUCUGUUCCCGGUGCUCAGGUCAUCUAUUCGAUCAAGGUGGUACUGCUGCUGUGUAGUCUGUGGUGGGCACUGCUUCCUUCACUCAUGGAGCCCAGACCGUCGAAUCCGAAGACUUCGAAAGCAGUCACCGCAUCACUCGAAGCAGUACCGUCUCUUGCUUCUCCCAUCCAUGUCCGCCGACAAGCAUGGCUCACGGCAAUCCAGACUGUCUGGGUCCCACGACACAACUUCUUUCUCGAGGCAGCCGCUCUUGGUCUCAAGGCGAUGAAGCUCAGCCUAAGAAAUCUUAUUGGUGUCCAUGGCUAUCAGCUGCUUACGGGGCUUACUGAAGAUCAGGAGAUUGCACGGGUCAAGGCCUGGACAAUUGCUCUGGAUGCUCAGUUGGCUGGAGGCGACGUCGAGAUCAGCAAAAGCCGGCUGACGUUGACUCUUCUGGCCUCCGGUACGCUUCCCAAUACCCCGUUGCGUCUUAUGCUCAAGGCGUUACAUAUUCGAGUCCUCUUGUGGGAGGUCAGUUUGUCCGGCGUUCAGCUCGGCGUGUUCAACACCCUUGCUUCGAAGCUGGCUAGGGCAAAUUGGAAUGAAGCGAAGCAACUGCACCGAAUCUUGACCCAGCUUCGCCGCGGGGGCCAGGAACAGUCGGACGAUGACCUCCCGGAUCAUCUGGCUGCGCUGCUUGAGCAGGACUGUGAUGAGGUCCUGAACCAAAGCAUUGUUCAGCGGGCGCACAACCUCGCCUGGAACCACCCUACUGAACAGCGUGCCAUUGGGAGUGCCGAUGGCAUGUCGACGGUUGUAGACGAUGUCGCGGUCCGUUCACCAAUGGACGCGGUUGCCGCUUGGUGGUCAAACAUGACACUGCAGAGUGCACUCACAAACAGUCUUCUGCAGGAGGAUGGUGACACGGAUCCGACUCAACUCGUUGAAGACGAUGUGUCUCUGGCCAUCAGGACGGCACCGAUCGGGUCCGUGGCACAGCACCGUGCGUUGGUAGCACGCGCAUUGCUUUUUGACGAGAAGCGAAACAUCAACAUCAUGGCGGCACUGCAAGCUAUUGGCCCGGUGACAGCAGCGUUGUCAUCCAACGCCUCGAGUUCUACUGAGCACCUGACCGCCUCGACUCCAAUCAAGGAACUCCCAACUUCUCUGAUGGUGACAACCGAGAUUCGCACCUCUCUUCUGUGUGCAAUGGCCAUUGCUCACCUUCAGAAAUUCUCACCGCCCGACGAGCCGGUGGAUAUAUACGGUGUGAUUGAUCAGAUUCACCCUGUCUGUGAUAUGGGACUACUCGGCUAUACAGCGACCUUCAAAUUGAUGGAUCGUCUCGCGGCCCAUGAGUUUGCUGCCGAAGCCUGUGCGGGCACCCUUGAACGACUAUCGGGCACUUUGAGGAUAUGGACCGGGAAAGACUGCGGUCUUGAGCCGGAUGUGAGACAUCAAAUGGUCGAACGAUGCAUAGCCGUAACUCGCGGCAUUGUGGGAAUGGAUAUCGAUACUGAUACCGGAUACGGUAGCAUGAGCGAAAGCGAAUUCGAGUCGGAAUCUGAUGAAGGGCUGGAGCAACCGGCGGCCCCAUUGUCUAGUCGAUAA